AUGCCUUCACUGUCCCUCCCCACCGGGGCAAUGCUGCUCCUGGUGGCAGGCGCCCGGCUCGGCAGCGCCCAGUUCGACCCGCUGCACUACGUCAACCCGCUGGUGGGCGCGGCCAACGGCGGCAACGUCUUUCCCGGCGCGACGCUGCCGUACGGCAUGGCCAAGGCCGUGGCCGACACCAACUCGAGCAGCAACCAGGGCGGCUUCUCGCUCGACGGCAAGAGCUUCGUCACGGGCUUCAGCGCCAUGCACGACUCGGGCGUCGGCAGCACCCCGUCGCUGGGCACGUUUCCGCUGUUUGGGUACGCGGGCUGCAAGGGGGGCGAGGUGGACAAUUGCGCGUUUCCAAAGAGGUCCAGGGUCGCGUUUGGCGGGUUCAAGCUCAAGAACGUGUCGGCCACGCCUGGGUAUUUUGGAAUCAGGCUGGACUCGGGGGUCAAGGUCGACAUGACCACCACGCAACGGACGGCGCUGUUUAGGUUUGCGUUUCCGGCAAAGGCGCCGGACGGCAGGCCGUCGGAGCCGUUGAUCUUUCAGGAUCUGUCGGAUCUGUCGGAUUCGAGGCAGGAUAAUGGGACGAUUACGGUUGAUGUGCCGACUGGAAGGAUCUUUGGAAAUGCGCGUUUCCAGCCGAGCUUCGGGCAAGGAAGCUACGUCUCCUAUUUCUGCACCGACUUCAAAGGCGCCGAGAUGCUCGACAGCGGGAUCUGGGUCGACAGCCGAGCGUCCAACAAGGUCAAGACUCUGGGGGUGUCGCGGGGCAUAAACGGGUACCCUCUGCCGGCGGGGGCGUAUGUGCGCUUCAAAAACGCCGACAAGCCCAUCCUGGCCCGCACCGCCACCAGCUUCAUCAGCACCGACCAGGCCUGCCGGAACGCGGAGCAGGAGAUGCCAAAGUUUGACUUUGAGUCGGCGCAGGAGGCCGCCGUCGCCGCGUGGAGGAAGAAGCUGUCGGUCGUCGACGUCGACUCGGUGGGCAUCGACCAGUCCCACGUCACCAACUUUUACAGCGGCAUCUACCGCACCAUGAUCAGCCCGCAGAACUACACUGGCGAGAACCCGCUGUACGGCGAGGGCAACGGCGAGCCGUACUUUGAUUCGUUCUACUGUCUCUGGGACUCGUUCCGGUCGCAGAUCCCGUUCCUGACCGUCGUCGACCCGCCCGCCGUCGCGCAGAUCGUCCGCUCGCUGAUCGACGUCUGGCGACACGUCGGGUGGCUGCCCGACUGCCGCAUGUCGCUGUGCAAAGGCUACACGCAGGGCGGGUCCAACGCCGACAACGUGCUGGCCGACGCGUACGUCAAGGGCAUCAAGGAGGGCAUAGACUGGAAUGCCGGGUACGACGCCGUGGUCAAGGACGCCGAGGAGGAGCCGUACGACUGGUCGAUCGAGGGCCGCGGUGGGCUCGACAGCUGGAAGGACCUCGGGUACAUACCCGUGCAGGAUUUCGACUACAAGGGGUUCGGGACCCUGACGAGGAGCGUGUCGCGGACGCUCGAGUACAGCUACAACGACUUUUGCGUGUCGCAGAUCGCGGGGGGACUGGACAGGCAGCAGGACAAGGAGAAGUACCGCGGGCGCAGCGGGAACUGGCAGGCUCUGUUCAAGAAGGACCAGACGUCCAAGUUCGACAACGGGACCGAUACCGGGUUCAAGGGGUUCUUCCAGCCCAAGUUCAUGAACCAGACGUUUGGGUACCAGAACCCGCUGAACUGUAGCAACAUUUCGAAAAACGGCGGGUCUUGCUCGCUGCAGAACAAUGGGCAGGAGACGUACGAGAGUAGUCUGUGGGAGUAUGGAUUCUUUGUACCCCACGACCAGGCCAAGCUGGUCGCGACAUACGGCGGACCAUCCGAGUUUGUGCGACGGCUCGACUUCCUCCACGACCGCAACAUCACCUACAUCGGCAACGAACCAUCCUUCUUGACCGUGUACCAGUACCACUACGCGGGCCGGCCGGGGCUCUCGGCGAAGCGGUGUCACUUUUACAUCCCGCGCUUCUUCACCCCGACGACGGGGGGACUGCCGGGCAACGACGACGGCGGCGCCAUGGGCUCGUUUGUGGCUUUUGGCAUGCUGGGCCUGUUUCCGAACGCGGGCCAGGACGUCUACCUCAUCACGCCGCCCUUCUUCCGGGCCGUCAACGUCACGAACCCCGAGACGGGCAAGACGGCACGGAUCAAGACGGUCGGGUUCGACGUCGAGUACAAAAACAUCUACAUACAGAGCGCCAAGCUGGACGGGAAGCCGUACAACAAGAACUGGAUCGGGCAUUCCUUCUUCACGGAGGGCAGGGAGCUGGAGUUGACGCUGGGCCCGAGGGAGAGCAAGUGGGGCACCAGGGUUGAAGACCUGCCGCCGAGUCUGAGCCAGUAUACGGGGUUUGGAAAAGGGCAGCAGGAGAGGAGUGUGGGUGGCGACGAGGUGCGUGGCGGUAAUUACAGGAGCGAGUUUGCGAGGUUUGCUGCUGGAUCUGGUCUGUAAAAAAGAUGGGUCGACAAAAAAGAGGUUCGUUUCUCAUUAUAUGUACUUGGGAAAUCUAAUAUGCUAUCUAAUUUUUAUAUCCUAUGCCCCCCUUUGCGAUGCCAUAGAUGUGUGUAUAUAUAAGUAUGCUUUCCAAACCCAGCUGGUGGUAUUUCUCCUCGAUGCGUUUCGACAAAGGAAA